AUGAAGUUAUCGGUGCCAUUUCUUUCCAAAAUGUUUGCAGUGUGUUCCAAGGGCUCCAUUGUCGAGAAAAAUGAAGUCGAAAUUGACGUCAAAAACUCGCCCUAUUAUAAGGAGGGAAUAUUCAAUGUGCCAAUGAGUGAAGAAAGCGGCAAUGAACUCUAUCAACAUUGGGUCGAUCAGGCGUUCAGCAGUUUGAUGGCUGCUCUUGCUACCGACCGACUGCCAAAAGUACCUGAAGCGGAAAGAAAGCGGCACCACAAAUGUGCUAAAAAGGCAGACGAUAUUCAAGCUCACGCUAAGUGUGUUAGUAUGCUACUGGAAGCAGAAGCUGAAGAAGCGAAACGAACACGAUGGAUGAAACUGUUCGGAAAAAGACGUGUGAUGGCUCGAGUACGCCUCCCGUCGCCUUCUCCAGUACGUCGUCCUGAUGUACGUGGGCUGCAUCUUGGAAGAAAUAAAGGACAUGGUUUGAAAAGGAUUACUCUGAAGAGGGAAUUCCGUUCGAAAGCUCCGACACUACGACAUAAACGGGAAGUACUCACUAGGAGCAGUUACAACUUAAUUGACAAGGACAACAGGUAUGGUUCCGAGUGA